AAAUAAAGGGCAAAAUUAGGUCAGCUGAAAGGGCGCAUAUAAGCAGUAACCAGUAAUCGAAAUAUAAAUGCGCUUUACUGUAAUGUACUUUUGUCUUUCAAAAACAAUUACAGAUAAUUUAAUCUCUGCAAGGUUUCCCUUGCCAUUAAGGCAAACUUUGCAUGAGCAUCAGAAAAUUCAGAAGCGAUUACACGUGAUUCUCAAUCCACAGAAUUGAUUUAAGCUCGCUUGAAGGCUCGUCAGAUUCCAUCAAAGAUUUUCUAGAGCUUGGACGGCGUGUUUCUUUCCGUCCUUCGCUUUUUCCUUUUCCUUCUUUCCAGAUUGUGGAGGACGUGUGGAUUGGUGAAGAAAUUGGGGACAAAGAAGUGGGCAUAAAAUCUGAAUUGGCCUGUUUGAGCGGCCAUAAUGAUGAUGGUGUUUCAAACAAGGGGAAAAGUUAUGACUGUUCUUGUGUGGACAUUAAUGGCGCUCAUGCUUUCCGGCGCUGCCGAUGGCCACCGGAUAUUCGGGUCAUUCAAAAGGGGUCGCUUUGGCAGAAAUUCUUUCUUUAAGCCCGGCAUGCGAACUCAGGAUUCCAGCGGGGCUCCCAAGUAUAUGAGCAGGGCGGAGGCAGAGAAAAUGUACGCUGUCCGCCUGAAACAAACGCAGGAGUCUUUGCAGGCAUUUGCUCCAUCCAGUGGCCCUGCGCCUGCGCCUGGUCCAGUCCCUGUUCCUUUGACUGCUCCCUCUUCUGUGCCUGCUCCGAAUGACACGGCCAAGGCUCCUGCUCCUGGAAGGAUAUUUCAUGUCACGGAAUAUGGCGCGGAUCCGACGGGCGCGUCCGACAGCACACAGGCGCUCAUGUCGGCAAUAAUUGAUGCUUUUAGUUUAAGCACGGAGGAUCAGCUGAUGCCCGGCGUGUCCGACUUUGGAGGCGCCGAAAUUCAUCUUCAGGGAGGAAAUUAUAAGCUGAGCUCUCCAUUGCGGUUGCCCGGAGGUGGAGGCGGCAAUCUUCUGAUUCACGGCGGCACUUUGCGGGCGUCGGAAAAUUUCCCGAAAGACCGCUAUCUGAUCGAGCUAUGGUCUCCUGCCUCCACGAAAAUCAACACAAGUCUCAACAGUGCUGAACUCGUAACCGCCUUGCAGAACACCGUCGACGGCAACAGCGACCAGACGGCGUCCUACGAGGACAUAACGCUACGGGACCUCAUGCUGGACGCCAAUUUCAGGGGUGGUGGCAUCCUAGUCAUCCACUCCAUCCGCACAAACAUUGACAACUGUUACAUCUCGCACUUCACCAGCGAGGGCAUAAUGGUCCAGCGUGGCCACGAGACCUACAUCCGCAACUCCUUCAUUGGCCAGCACAUCACCGCUGGCGGCAGCAGCAACGAAAGAAGCUUUUCCGGCACCGGCAUAAGCCUGCUAGGCAACGACAACGCCGUCACCGACGUCAUCAUCUUUUCUGCCGCCGUGGGAAUUGAUGUCACCGGGCAGGCCAACGCUUUCAUCGGCGUGCAUUGCUACAACAAAGCGACGGGAUUCGGCGGCGUCGGAAUACGGCUCCGGUUACCCGGUUUAACACAAACAAGAAUUCUCAGCUGCUAUAUGGAUUAUACCGGCAUAGUUGCAGAGGACCCUGUACAGCUGGAGAUUACGAACAGUUUUUUCCUCGGCGACGGCACGAUAACACUAAAAUCCGGGCAAAAGAAGGUCGUCAAAGGCGUCAAUAUUGUGGACAACGCCUUCUCCGGCGGCGGAAAUGGCGUCCCCAUUGUACAGCUUGACGGAUCCUUUGACACAGUUGAGCAGACAGUCGUAGACAGAAACAACGCAUACGGGAUGAGUUUGAAAUCGACGGUCGCGAGAGGCACCGUUCAGGGCAACGGGACGACGUGGACCGUGGAUUUUUCCCCAUUUUUGCUGUUUCCAAACCAUAUACAGCACGUGCAGUAUUCUUUUUAUAACCCGGUGGAGUCCUCUUUUCCAAGGCAUGCGCUGAGAAGUGUUGCAAACAAUAAAGUCGUUGUUGAGUCGGACGUGGCGGUUCCUGCGACCGUAGCGGUUACUGUGGACCAGAGUGCAACCUUUGUUCAACAGGGCAUUUAUUCCUAAGUGAAUUAUUAUUUAUACUGUACAUGAAGUCGAGAUUUUUUCCACUUUACACGUGGACUCUUGGGUUUGGUUUAUUGUUUAUAAUUUAUCAAAGGAUUUAGUUUAGUUUUUUUCUAUUUCAGGUGGACCUAAAUUAAAAGCCAAGGCAAGGUCUGGUCAACAGAAUCUAAGCCAUUUGUUAAAGCUUCUGUUUAAAGUUUGUAAUCGCGCUCUUGAUUGCAAUGAUGAAAAGAGUGUUUUUGUUGAAAA